AUGCUUGACCUUUACUCCAAACUGUGGGUUUAUGAACUGUUGCUAAAUCUUUCUCUAAUCGUUUUCAGGUCUCAGUUUGCCUUGAAUUUUCUGGACCCAUCGUUCAUCCCGUUAACCAAUGCACUAAACGAAGAGCUUCAAGGAAAAUCGUCCAAGUGGAGGUUCAACAAGACGGCUUUUUCUCGGCUGAGGAAAGAUAUCUUCAGCUACAUCGACAUUCCCAACAACUUCUCCCUCACAAAGAACAGUGUGCGUGUUGGACAGCUGAUGCACUUUGACUACUCCAGCCACAAGUACGUUUUCUCCAUCAGCAACAACUUCAAAUCCCUGCUCCCAGACGCCUCUCCCGUCCUCAACAAGCACUACAGUGUGUGUGCUGUGGUGGGAAACAGCGGAAUCCUGACCGGCAGCCACUGCGGCCCAGAAAUCGACCAGGCCGACUUCGUCUUCCGCUGCAACUUCGCCCCCACGGAGGUCUACUCCAAAGACGUGGGCAGGAAGACCAACCUGACCACCUUUAACCCCAGCAUCCUGGAGAGGUACUACAACAACCUGCUGACCAUCCAAGACAGGAAUAACUUCUUCCUCAACCUGAAGAAGCUUGAGGGCGCCAUCCUGUGGAUCCCGGCCUUCUUCCUCCAUACCUCAGCCACAGUGACCAGGACCCUGGUGGACUUCUUUGUGGAGCACAAGGGUCAACUGAAGGUCAAACUGGCCUGGCCUGGGAACAUCAUGCAUGAUGUCAACAAAUACUGGAAGACUAAAAACCUCUCUCCCAAACGUCUCAGCACUGGAAUCCUCAUGUACACGCUGGCUUACGCCAUGUGUGAUGAGAUCCACCUCUACGGCUUCUGGCCCUUCGGCUGGGACCCCAACACAGGCAAGGAUCUGCCUUACCACUACUACGACAAGAAAGGGACCAAAUUCACCACCAAGUGGCAGGAGACCCACCAGCUGCCCAGCGAGUUCAAGCUGCUCUACAAGCUCCACAGGGAAGGUGUGACCAAGCUCAGCCUGACACACUGCACAGCUUAGACAUAGUGUUGGGUGUUUUCAGAGUCGACUCCAGAGGCCGUGACCCAGAUACAUCAGCUCAGUUCAGACUUCUGUUGUGUCCCACAAUGCAUGAUAAGUGUUGACGACAUUCACGACACAUUCAUCCUACAAACACACGCUGUAGUUUCACAUGAAGAUGUCAGACUCACCCCGGACGUAGCUCACACACUCAUUCAGGAUGUGGUUGCGUUCAGUACGGUUAGGAUUUUUUUUAUGCUGCUCACUUGCCUUCAUUACUCUCCUUUGCAUGUCUGCUGGCUGUGGCUUAACAGCUCGAACAGAGCAGAAGUCUAUUGUAACUGGAGUCUGCAGGGGAUUUAGCUGUAGAGUCAGAAAUAGUCAAAUCAUCCAGUUGUGUUUAAUUCAGUAUUGACUGAUUAAUCGCCUAUUACAACAGUACACUGAUUCUGAAAAUCAAUACAUGGAAAUCACUGCCUAAUCUCAGGGAAGGAGUUAGAUCAGUGUUUUUUUGUAAUCAGAUUCAACGCCUCAGAGAGGUGCCGUUUCCUGUUUUCAGGCCUUUUCCCCCGUGAGGUGUGAAGAUUUGUUUACAAGACCACACACACACACACACACA